CUAACUGACGCGAUCUGUCAACCGCAGAACCCAUCGAAAGAAAACCUUUUUCAAUUAUCUCUAUGCGAAGUUUCUAUAUUGAAUUAACCUUCAGCGAAUCACGCAAACCUUUAUGAAAAUGGUCGUGGUUUUUGACUUCUUUGGGAUAUUAUAAGAUAUAAACUUUGAUGUUAAAGUCCUACCGGAAGCAGCAGAAGCUAUUAUUGUUAGCUCAUUCUGUUAGCAUUAAGCAAACAAUCGGCACUGAAGAUGAGAGAAAAUCAAAUACGGAGCAUAAUGGAAACGGGUGGUGUUUAUCUGCUGGAGUAUAAGGAGAGAAAACUUUCUUCUCUAAACGUGUGAAAACAUUAGAAGGUCCCUGAUUUAAGGGGAAGACAGCAGAGAUGGAAGAACCAGCACAGAGUCAGCAGAUGGGCUCCUCUUUUCAAGAUGUCCAGAAUCAAUGUCCCAAACGGGAUCAGGAGGACUUAAAGCCACUGGUUAUCAAAGAGGAACAGGACGAUUCUGAGAUCAUUGAAUUUAUAUUCAGUCCUGUUCCUGUCAAGAUGGACGAUGAUGAAGAGAAACAUCGGCUUUCAGAGCUUCAUAAGAGUCAGACUGAGGUGAACACAGACUCUGCGGGUGAAGAAUCAGAUGAGGACAGAGCCUCAGGUUCUUCAGAGACGGACGUCAGUGAUGGAAACUUCGAGGAGAACAUGGACCCUCAAUCAGUUGUAGACUUUGGACAGAUCAACACCUUUCCCGUAGAUGAUGCAAGAUGCGAGACAGGCAACCUGCAGCUUAGGCUGAUAAAAAUGGAGCUUCCUGCUGAGGAGCAGAACCUUAGGCCCAGCCUGGACCAGAAGGACCUAAAACUCCCACGGAUUAAAGAGGAAGAGCACAAUGCUGAGGUCACGCAGUUCAUAUUCAAUCCUGUAUCUGUUAAGAGUGAAGAUGAUGAAGAGAAACCUCAGCUCUCAAAGCUUCAUCACAAACAGCCUGACAAAAACAGACUCUCUACCGGACAGGAAGACAUUUUACGAUCAAAUAACGUAGAUGAAGCUAUUGACUCUUCAGACACUGAUGUCAGUGAUGGUAAUUGGGAGGAGAGCAGUGAAGUUCACUCAAGUUUGGGCUCCAUAGAAACCAGAACUGGUGAUCUAAGAUGUAUGAGAGGUGAGGUGUUACACAGCUGCAAAGAAUGUGGUAAAAUAUUUAGCCACAGAAGAAAUUUGUUAAGACAUAACAUAAUCCACACAGGAACGAAACCCUUCAACUGCUCCAUCUGUAGCAAAGCUUUCAUAUGGAAGGGGGGUUUUGUGCAACACAUGAGAACACAUAGUGAAGAGAAACCUUUCAGCUGCUCCACCUGUGGAAGAAGUUUCAAGAACAAGGAGAAUCUGAAUCGACACAUGAAAGUCCACACUACAGAAAGACCUUUCAGCUGCUCUGACUGUGGAAAACAGUUUAAAAGCCAGGAAACUGUAACUUCCCACAUGAGAAGUCACACAAAAGAAAAGCCUUUUAGCUGCUCCAUCUGUGGAAAAAAGUUUAAAAGAAAAGCUAGUGUACAGCAGCACACAAAAAGUCACACUGAGGAAAAACCUUUCAGCUGCUCAGUCUGUGGGAAAAAGUUCAAGCGGAGUGAUAGUGUACCCCGGCACAUGAUACUACACACUGAAGACAAACCUUUCAGCUGCUCAGUCUGUGGGAAAAAGUUCAAGCGGAGUGAUAGUGUACCCCGGCACAUGAUACUACACACUGAAGACAAACCUUUCAGCUGCUCACUAUGUGGGAAAAAGUUUGUUCGAAAAGAAAGUUUGGUAAAUCACAUGUCUCACCACACAUCAGAAAAACCCUACAGCUGCUCCGUCUGUAAUAAAGCUUUUACCUCAAAAGUUACUCUGAUAAAACACACCCGGUUCCACAGAGAGGACAGACAGUUUAGCUGUUCUGUUUGUAAAGCCUCUUUCAAAGAAAGAUCCUCCCUGGCUGUUCACAUUAAGAUUCACACUGGAGAGAAGCCUUUCAGCUGCUCAACCUGUGGCCGUAGCUUUGGUCAAAGCUCAACUCUGAAGCGCCACAUGAGACGACACACUGAAGAAAAACCUUUCAGCUGUCCCUAUUGUAAUGUCAAGUUCAAAUGGAAAAAUGCUUGUGUAAAGCAUAUCAAAAAACAUGGAGCUGAAUAGCUUUUUGGCUUCAAAUACAAGCUACGGUAAGAUUAGAUAUAAGUCUGUUAAAAAGUUUCAUCAGCUGCUCUGUUACAGCAGAUUUUGAAGGAGAAAAUUUGAAGUAAUUUUGCUCCCUCUCUGUUAUUUUAUAAUUUUCAUUUUUCCUUUUAUGUUAGUCAUCGCUAACUACCUGAAAAUUAGGUCA